AUGGAAAAGAUUUUUAAUGCUAUAGGCUGUCACGAGGAGCACAAAGUGGUUUAUGCCACCUACAUGUUAGCUAGAGAAGUAGAGGACUGGUGGAAGUUUGCCAGUCAGACUCUGCCACAGGAAGAUGGAUAUAUUUCUUGGGAAGCAUUCAAGGCAAAUUCUAAAGGAAAGACGGUGGAUACAAGAGUUAGAGGGUCGGUGAGACAAGACCUAAGGCUUCCAAGGUUCCAAAGGGGACCUUAUCCUAGAGUUAGUCAAUUUCAAUCAAGAGAGUCUGUUUCUUGUGGAAGUAGCAGUGGUGGUUCUAAUGCCCUAAGGGAUCCAAUUAAAUGUUUUAGAUGUGGAGGACCCCAUAUUGUAAGAAAUUAUCCGCAACCACCGUCUGCUUGUAGUAUUUGUGAAAGGAUGGGACAUUCUGCAAAUACUCGUUGGUUUGCUCCUCAGAGAAAUGAAAGUGCCAAUGGAAGUAACAAACCUUUAUCCAGAGGAAGUAGUGAAUUCAAACCAACUACACAAGGCAAAGUAUUUGCUAUGAGUGGGGCUGAAGCAACAAAAUCAGAUGAAUUGAUCAGAGGUAAAUGUGUAAUAAAUGAAAGGCUUUUGGAUGUCUUGUUUAAUUCUGGUGCUACACAUUCAUUUAUUUCUAUGGAUUAUAUGAAAUAUCUUGGUUUGGCUGUAUCUUCUAUGCCGUAUAAUGUUGUAGUAUCUACUCAUAUGGACAAGUUUGUUAUGACUUCAUCUAUAUGCUUGGGUUGUACAAUAAUGAUUCAUGGUAGGACUUUUAAAGUAGAUCUAAUUUGUUUACCAUUAUCUCAAUUGGAUGUCGUUUUGGGAAUAGAUUGGUCGUUGUCCAACCAUGUUCUAUUAGACUGUAAGGAGAAAGUUUUGAUCUUCAGUGAUGGUAUCUCGAAAAACCCUAAGCUCUUGAGUAUGAGUGAUCAGAGUAAUGUGACCAAUGCAAAAUCUUUUAUGGUAUUGUUCUCAUUAGAGGUUGAGAAGAGUGUAAAGAAGGAAAAUAUUCCAGUAGUGCAAGAAUUCCCAAAAGUUUUUCCAGAUGAUAUAGUUAAAUUACCACUGGAAAGGGAAAUUGAAUUUGCAAUUGAUCUCAUUCCGAGGGCCAAUCCAAUUUCUAUAGCAUCGUAUAGAAUGUCACCUGUAGAAUUAGCUGAAGUAAAGAAGCAGUUAGAGGAAUUAUUGCAGAAAUAA